GAUAAAUUUCAUUCAACAUGUCCAUUGCGUCUUGAUUUGUUUUUAAUUCAUUUGCCUAACAUAAUUUUAUGUACAUUGUACAAUAUACUUUAGUUAAAUAAUACAUAUAUUAUGGUGUACUAUACACAAAACUCUGAGAGAAAAGUAACUAUAGCUCAAAGCGCAAUUGCAGGUGGAAUAGCUAGCUCGGUGACUAGAGCGAUAGCACAACCUCUAGAUGUCCUUAAAAUACGUUUUCAAUUACAAUUAGAACCAAUUCAGAAUGGAUCCAAGUAUAGUUCCCUAUUACAAGCUAUUUCAUCCAUAGCUAGAGAAGAAGGAGUAUCAACCUUAUGGAGUGGCCACAUACCCGCGCAAUUUCUAUCUAUUUCAUUUGGUGUUGUACAAUUUUCAACAUACGAAAGACUAACGCAAACCUUCCAAAGAAGUGAACCGCAAUUUUAUAUAAACAAUAAAAAUUACUUAAAUUUCUGUAACGGUGCCGUGGCAGCUACUUUUGCAACCAUACUAUCCUAUCCAUUUGACACUAUUAGAACGAGGCUGGUAGCUGAACAAAAAAUUAAUAAAGUAUAUAAAGGGUUCAGUGACUCAUUAUUAACAAUGAUAAGACAUGAAGGUGCCAGCUCAUUAUUUAAGGGUAUAGUACCUACCAUAGCGCAAAUAGCACCAUAUGCUGGUAUUCAGUUUUAUAUGUAUAAAUUACUUACUGAAAGUAUUUUUAAUAGACUUAGUCUCUUUCAAAGAAGGAAAGCUAUAGGGUCUGUAAUUGAAACUACAAUUAUUGGAAAUGUAAUAGCCGGUAGUAUAGCUGGCCUUGUUUCUAAGACAUGUGUCUAUCCCUUUGAUGUUAUAAAGAAAAGACUGCAAAUACAAGGAUUUCAACAGCAUAGAAAGGCUUUUGGCCGGCAAAUGUACUGUAGUGGAUCAUUACAGUGUAUUAUGCUGACUAUAAAUGAAGAGGGUGUCUUGGCUUUAUAUAAAGGUUAUGGACCUAGUUUGGUAAAAGCUAUUGUUGUUACUGCUUUGCACUUUACAGUUUAUGAUGAAAUUAAACAUGUUAUCUUACAGAUGCAUGAAUAAUAUUGUUAGUAGAACAAUUUUAUAGCUCAAAUAAGAAACCCAUUCAUAAUAUAAAUGAUCUGACAUGAUCUGUGUGUAUUUUUUUUUCAUUGGAAAUUACCAAAAACCAAGGCAUUCACUUAUUUAAUUUACAGCAUUUAGUAUAGAAAAUAAGGACUGUGAUAGUUGUAGUAUUUGUUAGUGAAUUUUGAUGUAUUAGUUAUUGUUUGAUAAAUAAAAUAAUUUG